AUGGAUGUCUUUAAGUUAGCAUGGGAAAAUCUGCCAUCCCCUGUUCCCAAAAAGGAUGAUGCUGAAUUGUCAGCCUCAUCAAAAUCAGGAAGUGAAAGUGAAGGUGAAUCAGAAAGUGAUAUUGAUGCCAAACCCAAAGCUCCAAUCAUGAAACCCGAAAUCACCAUAUCUUCAGUAAUUGAAAUCCCCCCUUCUGUGAAGAAUGUGUUGGAAAAACUGGAGGUAUCACAGCUAGAAAGAGCAAAGAAGGAGAUCGCUAAGAAACUCUGCCGCAUUGUGGACAAUGUGAACCAUACCUACGAACGCUACAGGAAGGAUGAGGGAACUGACCCUGAGAUAGAAAGGGAAUACCAGCAAUCUCAGUCAUGGGAAGAGAGAAGUCGCCGGUCUCAUUUUCUAAAUAAAGUUUCUGAAGUGCUUGAAGACAGUGUGUUGAAAGUCCAGGACUUACAAAUGGUGUUGGAGUCAUGCAAAGGCUGGUAUGAUAUGUUGAAAACAAUUGACUGGAAAGAAAUGGAGACUCCCACUGAUAGAAUGGUUGAGGAUUUGGAAAAACGCCUCCUGAACUUUAUUAACUCAAUUGAAACGAAUAUUCACCAUCUAAUCAAGAUAUUCCACCCACUCUUAGACGGGAAAGACAAGUCAAGACGAAAGUCAGCUCCACGACCUGGCAUGUUUAAAGCAUGGCGAGAGAAAAUGGUAGAAAAACCCCAUGAUGUUGAGCCCUUGACCCCGCAGCAGAUGAUGGAAGAUGAAGCUCUUACUUUGGUACGCUGUCAUGAGGUGAACAACAUGAUACAGGAAAUUAUAGAUUCUACGCUCUUCAGCAAAGUAGAAGCUCUUGGCAUCAAGUACAUUGAAGCCAUGAUGACAAGCCUCACAAAGGCUUUCAGCCAUCUAAGUAAACAAUGCAGAAGCCUUAAAAUCAAAUGCGAAAGCCUAGCAAUCCUAGAAACCCGGAAGCAGGACCCUCAAAUUGGGAGCCUGCAGAGAGAACUGAAGAUGGCCCUGGAGAAAAAGGCAGCGCUGGAAAUACAAGUGCAGAAUGUUGAGGAAAGAUGCAAGGUCCUCCUCAUCACGAAUGAAAUGAUGCAAAGGGAGCUGCAGGAUGCCAAUGAAAGAGCACUGGUGGGAACUAAAGUCAUUUUCCCCAGGGCUCCGCCUGCCAAAGCUCCCACCAAAUCUCCCUCAGAUACUCAAAAAGCAGUGGUCAAGUCUCAGCCAGAUGCUGAAAAAGCAGUGACGACUCAAACAGAGGCUGCAAAAGAAAUGAAAUCUAAGCCAGAUGCUGAAAAAGAAGAGAAAAGUAAAAUGGAUGAGAAACCAUUUACAGAAGUCCCAAGUGGUCUGCCUCAAAAGAAGCAAAGUGUAACCUUUCAAGAUAAGGACAUUUUUUUCAGUAUUCCAGAGGUGGAAACCAGAAGCCUUGAGAAGCUGCAGGUGGUGGUUCCUGAAGAAGAACAGAAAGAGGCUCUUACCCUUCUCGAAGAAAUUCUUCCCCCCUCUGAACCAUCAUUUACCCCCCUUGAGGAAUCACUUAUCCCCCUUGAAGCAAGGCCUCAAGUGAGCAGAAUUUCAUUGGAUGGGACGGCUGAAGAGGCGGCAGUAAUCCAAAUGCUGCCAGAGGCAGAAACAGCUCAAACAUUGCUGGAGGUACCACUAACUGAAGCACACCCUGACAGAGAACCAUCCUCAGAAGAGCCACCACAGGCACCCUCAAAGGAAAAAGCCGUAGGUGUUUCUACCAGCACAGAGGAUGAGCAAUCUUUUGAAACAGAAGUGCUACCCAAAGAGAAAGAACAUGUCCACAGUGGCAGACUGAAAGCAGCUCAAAUGGCCAAAAGGACCUCCAAGUUAGGUCAGUGGAAAAAGCUGCAAACUUCCCUCUUAAAAAAACCCAUAAAAUCCCAAGAAGGGCUGCCAACAGCCCCACCUGAAGAAAGUGCUCCUCCAACCAUACCUGACAAAGUGUCUGAAAUGAAGCCAUCACCCAAAACCUUAGAAGAUGGUGGUGCACAUAAAAUGGAGGCUGAAGAGGAGUCCAUUAAGGGCAGUUCUCCAGAAGCAGUACCUCCAGUAUCAUCCAGACAACCUGAAGAAGAAGUGUCACCCACACCCUUAGAAGAUGAUGGCUCCCCAAAACCUGAGACUGAAGAGGAGUCCGUUAAGGGAAGUUCGCCUGAAGUGGAACCUCCUGUAUUAUCAAAAGAGUCUGAAGGAGAAGUAUUACCCAAACCUUUAGAAGACAAAAGUACCCCUAAACCUGAGACAGAAGAGGAGUCUAUUAAAGGAAGUGCCCCUGGAGUGGAACCCCCAGAAUUGCCCAAACCACAAGCAGAAGCCUCAGCUCCUAUCACUUCUCCUGAGGUGACACGUGGAAAGCGGAAAACAUCCCUGAGAAUCAGCGCAGGGAAAGUUGUUACCACUGUAAAAGUUAAAAGACUUGUCAAAGUCAUGGGAGACAGCAUGACUCAGAAGCCUGCAACAGCUCCAGAUAGCCCAGAGAAAGGGGGCAUAGAUUCCUUAGACAUUUCACAACCAAUUUCAAGUGAAGGAGUCGAGGAUUCAGCCACUGAAACACAAGAAGCCGUUCAGGUACUGGUACCAAAACGGUGGCUGGGCAAGACAAAAGAAGCCAGAGAAAAGAGAGAAACAAAACGCACUGGUAGAGUGCUAGCAGAUGUACCACAUCCAAAGCAAGAGGAGAAGACAGAAGAGCUCAUCCAUGGUUUAAGUACAAAGUUGCAGGAGGUUGCCAAUGAGAGAGGUGGUGUGAUUGAUGUAGAAACUAUUAAAGAAAUUUUUGCAGAAAUGGGUAUAACAGAUCGUGGUGCUUAUCCGGGACAAGUAUCAGGAAGCCACUCUGCAGACAAACAAUCCAAAAGCAGUGCUGCAAAAAAGUCUUCCUUGCCAGUCCCUGGAGCUGAACAAGCAUCUAAGAAGGAAAAGAGAAGCGCAAGUGUUGAAGAAUCACCUUCUGGGGCGGAUGCCAGCUCUCUACUGCAAGAAUUCCAAGCGGCCAUCCUUGCUAGCUUAGAACACAAGCUAGAGAAGGCAAAGGCUAGCUUAGAGGACAAGCCAGAGAAGGGAAAGAAGGGUUCCCUGAGCAGUCACAAACACUCAGUCCGAUUCCAGCCUACAGACCCACUCUCUCAACAGCUCUUUCAAGUGAUAGAGAGAAAGCUAGAGGAAUGCUUCUUACUGAAGCAGAGAUCCCAUACUGGCAGAGGUAGGCCAAAGUCAUUGAGAAGCACACAUAGUAAAGGAGAGCUAGGAGAUGAAGAGGAGAAAGAAAUCAAAGUUAUUACACCAUCCUUUGAAAGUCAUUCUGCACUGGACCUAUUGCCCUCACCCAGUUCUUUCAGUUUGUCUCAAACCGAAAGGGAGAAGCCCAUGCCACAUGAAGACUCCUCACAUUUAAAGGCAUGGCCAUAUCAAGAAGAGGAAGGGGAACAAGUGACAAAAGGCCAAGAAGAGCUACCAAGUGGGAAAAAAUCUUCCUUCCCAUGCCUGCCCAUGGUGGAAGAGGAAAAGGAGGAUUCUUUGGACAAGAUCUCAUCUCCCAGGGAAGAAGAGCAUCUGCCUGAGGAAAGAGAUGUGCAGCGCAAGGAAUCAUGGGAGGAAGGGCUAGAAGAAGGAAGGAAAGGGCCUUCUGAGGAACAGCUCAGGCACACCUGGGGGAGAAAGGAGCCGGAGCGGAAAGAGAGCAAGGCAGAGCGAGGAAGGAGAGGUUCGCAGGAGAUAGACGAUCAUAAGGGGGACUGGUACAUCCAGUUGCAGGAGCAGCUGCAGCGGGAGAAGGAGCAGCUGCAAGAGGAGCAAGGGCGGUUGCAGGAGGAGCGCCAGCGGUUGGAGGAGGAGGAGACGUACCUGAAGCAGUGGCAGGAGAUGUUUGAGGAGCAGCGGAAGCAGUGGGAAGCACAGGAGGAGCAGCGGCAGGAGCAGGAGCGCCUGUGGCAAGUGCAGCUUCAGCACUGGCACCACCUGCAGCAGGAGAACGAGGAGCGGGAGCAGCACUGGGCAAGGCAGCAGGAGCAGCACAAGGAGCAGCACAUGCUCCUGGAGGAGGAGGUGGCACGGAUGAAGCAGGAGUACGAGGAGUACCUGAAGAUGCGCGGGCAGCAGGCGGAAGAAGUCUGGCACUGGAACCAGCUGAAGGCCUGGCACGAGGAGCGCCAGCAGUUCUGGCAACAGGAGGACGAGGAACGGGAGAGAAAGCAAGCUCAGUGGCAGGAGCAGCUGACACGCCACAGGGAGGAGAUGGAGACCUUGCAGCAAGAGCGGGAAGAGAAGGAGCGGGAGCUCAAGAAGUGGCAGCAGACGCAACAGGAGUGGCACGGAGAGCUGGAGCGCCUUUGGGAGAAGCGCUGGGAGCAGCAGCUGCAGCGGUGGCACCACCAGAUGCGGAAACAGCGGGCCCAGCAGCUGAAGUGGCAAGAGCAGAGCAGAAAGUUGAUGGAGAGGCAGCACGUAGUGCAGAGAGUUCAGUCUCUGGCUCCCAAGAUGAAAGUGGUGGAGGGUUCCAUUCUGGAUCAGUUUGCCAAGCGUUACAAAGUUUCUCCAGUCCCCAGGGAGAGACGUCUUUCUACCACCCCCCAGAUCACCCCCAUCCCUAGCAGGGAAUUUGAGGAAGAUUCCUGGGAGCUGGAAACCACUUGGUUCCCUAAGCUGUUCUCCAAAGCGGAGGAGUUUCCUGCACCUGGUGUCACAGAGAAACGGUAUUGGAUAAAUGUCGAGGCACAGAGGAGAAACCUGGAGCUGUUGAGGGAAGCUGUCCAGAGGUCUGGAAUUUCAACAGAUCUAUACAUCAAAGCCGAUGCAAUCAUCCACCAAGUAUUAUACAGCAAUGUCGAGAGGCUGGCUUUGCUCUUCAGAAAAUAUGCAUCUUUCAGCCAUCUCCAGCAGGCCAGGUAA